ACUCAGGCUUCAGUCAGUGCGACUGAUGUAGUACUUACAGGAAAGGGUGUAUUUUUCUAAACAUUUAGAGUAUUUACUGAAGUAUCUGUUGUCAGACUCUGUAGACAUUCCGCUCUGUGAAUAUUGUUUAACGUUUUAGCUUAAAAAUGGAAGCUAACAGGAGAUAAAUCACCAGAAGAAAGAUUUAGCGUCGUUUGGUAUCUUUGUCGUGAUGGCUUCAGAGGAUGAAAUCAGCCUGCUGGUCAUCGUCGUGGAUGUAAACCCGAUAUGGUGGGGGCAACAGGCUCAACGCGAACAGGAGUUCACUUUGUCCAAGUGUCUGGAUGCAGUCAUGGUGAUGGGAAACUCACACAUGGCCAUGAGCAGAACCAACAAGCUGGCUGUCAUCGCAAGUCACUGUCAAGACAGUCACUUCUUGUAUCCCAGUAAGAGCUGGAAAGCUGGCGACGAUGGUGCCGAUGAUGCAUCCUCCAGCGGGGAUGGAAAAUACGAACUCCUGUCUGUCGCCAACAACCUUAUUGCAGAAGAAAUCAGGAAUGUCAUGUCAAAAACUGAAGUGAGGGGAAAUUCAACUGAUACUCUGUUAGCUGGAACUCUGGCCAAAGCUCUCUGCUAUGUUAACAGGGUCUCAAAAGAUCUGGAAGUGGGACAGGAGAUUAAAUCAAGAAUAUUAGUGAUAAAAGCAGCUGAGGACUGCGCCCUCCAGUACAUGAACUUCAUGAAUGUCAUUUUUGCAGCCCAAAAGCAGAACAUCCUGAUUGAUGCCUGUGUGUUGGACUCAAACUCUGGUCUCCUUCAGCAGGCUUGUGAUAUCACUGGAGGAUUGUACCUGAAGAUACCACAGCAAGUUGCCCUGGCGCAGUAUCUUUUGUGGGUUUUCCUGCCCGACUCGGAGCAACGUUCACAGCUGGUGCUGCCGCCGCCUGCACACGUGGACUACAGAGCUGCCUGUUUCUGUCACCGUAACCUCAUUGAAAUCGGUUAUGUGUGCUCAGUUUGUCUUUCAAUAUUCUGCAACUUCAGCCCUAUUUGUACAACAUGCGAGACUGCCUUCAAAAUCCAACUACCACAGAUGGUGAAGCCUAAAAAGAAGAAACUCAAACAAACCACGUGACUUUCUUCUAUGCUUAUGUCAGAAAUUUAGUUUUCCUUUUGUGAUAUUUAGAUUAUACUAUUUUGUUAGUAUAUUUGUAACUAGAUUCAGUGAGAGCCUUUGAGGCAGUACAACCAUAGGAACAUGCUGACAUGACCAACGUUGACACUCGUUUCACCCUUUCAUUUCUUUGGUCUGUAAGAAUACUUACAAAAGAUUUUUACAAAAAGUCUGUUGAAAUAAAAGUCCAAAUAUUUUGUUCAUAUUGACAGAAACUGAUGCCGAGUAAAGCUCUGUCAGGUUCCAUGUAAAUGGAGUGGCUACUUUAGACAUUUUGGUGAUGUCAUUUUUAGAUAAUAAAACACACAAUGUUCUUAAAAA